AUGGCGAAAAAGAAGUUAAACUCAUCAAUUAAACGAAGCAGAACCAGAUCGGGUUGUGUAACCUGCAGAGACAGGCAUAUCAAAUGCGACGAACAACAACCAAUUUGCAAAAACUGCAUUAGGUCCAACAGACAUUGUUUUCGAGGCGUUCGCCUCAAUUUCACCCAAUAUACAUUCUACAAUCCAGAGGAGAACGAGGCUAGUUGUUCUUCAUCAUCAUCGUCAACAUCGACAUCAACAUCAACAUCAUCAUCAGCAUCGACGCCCAAACGGCAGAACUAUAGAAUAUUAGACCAAUCGAUAACCAUUGCGUCAUUGUACAACCAUUUGAACAGGUACUCGCCGUAUUUGCACUUGCAUAAAGCCGAGGAUUUGAGAGAAUCAGAUCUACAAUUCCAAGACGAUACGUAUAAUGCCUAUAGCUCCACCCCGCCCAAAAGCACAUCCAUUUUAACAACAACAUCAGCAAUAGCAGGAAGAGCAGGAACAACUUCAACAUCUGCAACAUCGGCAACAACAACAGGAACAGGAACAAACUCAGAACAAUUGAUGCGUAUGCACUCGCACCCCGCGUCCGGUGCCGCAGUAUCCAAAAACGUGGGCACGCAAUUUUUAUCGCAUUUGCCCAGCAGCACCAGCGGUUUUGCAACCACUCCAACUGUUGACGCAAUUGGCAGCAUAAGCUAUCCCGUCCACCAGCAACUACCAAAUGCUGCAGAUUUCCCCCCAUCUUCCAUGCAAGAGACUUCGGCAGUUGCAGCAGCGAAUGCAGCAUCGCAUGGCUAUCCUCGCUAUCAACCGGUGCCAGUGCUGCUCCCCUCGUAUCCGCGUCAACUCGUGGAGACCAUGACGAGAGAAAAAGUCUUUUGGCUAUUGGACUUGACCAGUGACCUGAACAUCUGGUCGACGCAGAUUUCUACCAUGUGCUUGAAUGAAACGGAUCAGUUUUAUCUCGAUUGCCUCUUGGCGUCUUCGUCGUAUGUUAAUCCGGACUACAUCACCCUUGGAAACUCGCAGUUUCAAAAAUGGACCGAGGUGGAAAAUGCCCCCUUGGCCUCGAGCAGUAUUGCUUCCGUGGAGAAGCUACUUGUAAGUGUAUGCUUGAUCCUACAUAGCAUCUACAGCAAGAUUCCGCGAAGUCGACUAGGUGAGUAUCAUAAAACAAUAAUCAACAAUCAGUUUGGACUCUUUGGUCGACUCGUCAACAAGAUUUAUCUGUCCAUCUACAAUAACAAAAACAACUCGUCGACGUUGGUGACCUCGUUGCAAAAUAUCACCUACUUGAGGUUCUACAUCAACAAACUCUAUGACCUAUCCUACCUAGCCACGAAACGCACGUUAGAGGUUCUGACUGAUAACAUCCUCGCCUCGACGCCGUCGCAGGAGCCCGAUUUGGAAAACGCGCUCAAGAUGACCCAGUUUGAAAUUGAAAUGAUCAAUACGGGCUAUCAAGCAGUUGACCCCGAGGCCACCGCAGCAGCAGCAGUGAUUCCACAGCCGUCGUCCCAUAGUGAGACCCGGAAACUAAAAGAGCUCUAUUGGUGCAUCAUCAAAGCCGACUACCUCACCAACCACCCAGCUGAAUCUGGGAAAUUCACACUGAACUUUAGUUAUACGUUUGAAAACAUCCCGCUGCCUGAUCUGCAAGUCCCGCUAUUUGACAAUGCAUUGGUUGCAAGAAAAUUCCUCCAGGCUUUUACAUUCAAACUACUUUACAUCAACGAUCUCGAAGUGAUUCGGCGUUCCAAUCGCGAGAUUUUGGAUUUGUUUGCCUUGAUCAAUGGCAGCUUAUUGGCUUCAAGUGCAAAGAGUCAAUGGACCCGCAGCUUCGAGUGGACCUUGCGGUACGUGAAUCCGCCUGAAAUAGGGUAG